AACUUUGCCAUUGUGUUUUCACUGUUUUCCAACCAUAACGCUAGAUUUGAAUUACCUUCAGAUCGGAAGAAAAUUUCAGAUUAAAUAGGAAUUACAUCAUUGAUGUAAUGGAAAACUUUGUGACUAAACUAUUUUGAGCGAAGAAUGAAAAUGUUCUGAUCAAGAAGAAAGAGUUGUGUGAAAUUUUGCUAUUAUGGAUCCACCCAAGGAACCAACAAAACCGGGGCUCGAGGAAGAUUCGGAUGCUGCUCUGGCAGCAUCAGCUGCCAAUGCUGUAGAACAGUGGCGCACAUAUCAGAAUGCUUACACAUUAUACCAGCAGCAGCUGGCCGCGUAUGACCAAUAUAUGCGGCAGCAGUCAACUCUCACCAGCUAUGAGGAGCAGCAGGCCGCAUAUAACCAAUAUCUUGAUGCCCAUAAUAAUUACCAAAAGCAAUUGGAACAGUAUGAACAGCAGAAAUCAUACCAAGAAUUUUACACAAACGCCGCGAAUCCUACACCAGUUCCAAGUUUUUAUCCAACUACAACCACUUUUGUUCAACAGCCUGUUGGGGUGCCAGUUUUUACAUCUCCGCUCGCAAAUGUUGAUCCUUUUUAUAAUAAGGCAAACGACCACUAUCGUAGUUCUGCAACUUUAAAGCACAGAUCAGAGGCAUCUAUCAAGAGGUCGAAAGCCUAUACAACGACAAUAUUUUAUUCUAACCCUGACGAUGAAGCUAUGUUCCCAGCGGAAAUGAAAGUACUUUUCAAGGAAUUAGAAUGUGGACUCUGCAAGUGCAAAAUGAAUUCACACAUUUCUGCCAAUGUGCACUAUCAGUCGAAGGUGCAUGAGAAGAAAAUCAUCCAAUGGUUGAAGGAUUGGUGCGAGCGGACCGGUACCCCGAUGCCCUAUCGAGCCAGGCGUAACGCGCCACCUGUGGAGCCGGUUGGACCAAACUCGUUACGAUGUGAAGUUUGCGAUUUGUCUCUCACGUCUAUUCAGCAUGCCAAUCAACACUACACUGGGAAACGACAUCGGAUGGUGGUCAGUGGCAAGAAGAACCCCGCUGGGAGAGGAUUCUACAACAGUGAUGGUACCUGGAAAAGAGCCAUCACCGGUACCGAUGAGAAUCCAGAGCGUUUUGGAAUCGGUCAAGCUUUCGCUAAGCAGAAGACUCGUUACACCGUUAAGGAUGCAAAGCGGAUGCGUCUAGAACCGCCUCCAUCGCCUCCACCAGGUGUUAAGGAACUUGUUGGUGAUUUAUCGGGUAACACCGCUCCAGUAUCAACGUCUUCAGUGCCAGAGAUCGCGUCGUAUGUCCCGCCGUUAGCGCAAACCUUUGUUCAAGCUUCAAUACCGUCGUAUGUUCCUACAAGCAUACAGCCCGAGAAGGUCGUUUUUCCAACCCCCCAAACGGUUGAAGCCGAAAUUCAGAGAAAGGAGAGCACAGAUUGUGUUGAUGAAAGUGGAAUUUUUUGCAAGGUUUGUCAGAUCGCGGUCACAUCAGCUACUGUUAUGGAAACACAUCUCAAAGGAAUUAAGCAUUUGAAAAAGUUGAAAGCUAUCGGGCGGAUGCCUCCGCCGAGCGCUACUGGAGUGAGCGCCACUGAAAAUAUACUAUCAAUACUUAACAAACCGCCACAACAGAACGAUUGGUCACUAUACCGUAUGCCAUCCGGAAAAUACUAUUGUAAAACGUGCAACUCCAUUUUGGCUGAUGAAAAACUAUUUGCCCAGCAUUGGUACGGAAAAAAACAUAAGUUAAAAGUAAAACAAGAAAUGGAAGAACUGACUGGAACAACCGAAAAGAAACCUAAAUUUUACAAUCGUCGUCCUCAUAACAAAGCACGAUAUGUGCAGGCAGCACAACAAAUUGGGUAAUUUCACUAUUACUUGCCAGUGACGUCGGUAGCAGUAAUAUUUAUGACGAAUUAUAUAAAUGCUACCAUUGAAUCUAAUAUUUAUUUCAUAUGCCGAAUAAUAAUGAGUGGCAUAGAU